AUGGCCUCUGCUUGCGCAGGGGUUUCUCACCCCAGACAGACAGCCGGACCCCAAGAAGAGGAAGGGGAUUGGAAGGUUGUUGGCAAGUGGAAGAGGAAAGCGAGGGCGGCGGCGCGUCCGAACACGCAGCAGAGUGGCGACGUCUCCACAUCCGACGGCAGUGUGGGUGAUGCCUCGGCCCCAGCCCCCGGGACGGAUCACUCGCCAUCAACUAAGAUACAGCGGGCCAAGGAGGUGAGGGCCGACUUUGAGAAGCAGCUGGCCCAACCAGAACCGACACCACCACCAACACCGAGACCUACACCAACACCGAGACCUACAACAACACCAACAACAACGAGACCAACAAGACCACCAUCACCAAAGACUGUUGGCCCCCCCAUCCUCUGCCCCACCUUCCCCGACCAAAGCAAAAACUCUGCCACCGCCUCCAAGAGCCCACUCAACAUCCCCCAAAAGAGGGCCACAACCCCGGUGCAUAAGGGAGAGACUCCCACAAAAAAAGACUUUGCUACACCGGGGAAGAGACUGAGAAGCCCCUCGGAGGACGUCGACGGAAAGAGGCGGAAGACAAAGCUUUUGUACAACACGGGGAAGAACGUCUGCCGUGUGACCGCCGAUAGCGCACAGAAGGCCUAA